AGCGUCCCGGGACAGGAGCUACAGAAAGGGGAUCGUACCCAUCUUUUAAGUGACAGCCGACACAGGCCUGAGCGCAGAGCAGGAGCCUCCUUGUUCGGGACACCGGACGGCUGCAGCGGGUGUGCAGGGUGUGCGUCUCCCGCGUUGGAUCACGAUGAUGCAAAGCGCGGCAGUGCUGCCGACAGAGAGCCCUGUGAAGAGUUUACCAGAGAUUCUCGGAGUGCCACUGCAACAGAUCCCUCAGUGCGCAGGAUGCAGUCAACACAUCCUGGACAAGUUCAUCCUCAAAGUGCUAGACAGACACUGGCACUCCAAGUGCCUCAAGUGUGCAGACUGCCAGACCCCGCUGGCCGACAAGUGCUUCUCCAGAGCAGGGAGUGUCUACUGCAAAGAGGACUUCUUCAAGCGUUUUGGGACAAAGUGUGCGUCAUGCCAACAGGGGAUUCCUCCCACGCAGGUAGUGCGGAAAGCACAGGACUUUGUGUAUCACCUGCACUGCUUUGCCUGCAUAAUGUGCAGUCGACAGCUGGCCACUGGGGACGAGUUUUAUCUCAUGGAGGAUGGGAGACUGGUGUGCAAAGUGGACUAUGAGACAGCCAAACAGAAUGAUGAUUCCGAAGCAGGGACCAAGAGACCCAGGACCACCAUCACAGCCAAGCAGCUAGAGACGCUCAAAAGUGCCUAUAAGAACUCGCCCAAGCCGGCACGCCAUGUCCGGGAGCAGCUGUCCUCAGAAACAGGCCUGGACAUGAGAGUGGUGCAGGUCUGGUUUCAGAACAGGCGAGCAAAAGAGAAGCGGCUGAAGAAGGACGCAGGACGCCAUCGCUGGACUCAGUUUUAUAAGAGCGUCAAACGCAGUCGAGGAGGGACGAAAGCAGAGAAGGAAAGUUCAGCCGAUGACGCAGGCCUCAGUGACAGUGAACUCAGCUUCAGAGAUGACCAGGUGCUGUCCGACCUGGGCCACACUAACGGCCUCUACGGCAGCGUGGGGGACGUGACCAGUGGAGCGGUGCUUAAUGGGAGCUUCACUGUGGAUGCAGCGGGACAGCCCUACCAUGACAUCAGAGCAGGAAGUCCUUACGGUCUGCCUCAAUCGCCAUCUUCCAUCGGCUCUCUGCCCGGACACACCCCUCUGCUCAACAACCUAGCUUUCAGCAUGGACAGUCUGGUGGCACAAGGGGGGACUGGGGGGGUGGGCCAGGCCCUUAGAGCCAUGGCAGGAGGCCCCACCUCAGAUCUGUCCACAGGCAGCAGUACGGGAUACCCCGAUUUCCCCACCAGUCCCGCCUCCUGGCUCGACGAGAUGGACCAUUCGCAGUUCUGAGCCUCUGAGAGCACAGUGCAAUCUAUGGGGACCCAAGGGAAAGACUCAAGGCUUUUUACAUUUGUAUUGUUCUCCAGACAGGAGUUUGGUAAAGAGAAGGAGAAUAGGGGUCCAGAUUUGUAGACUUGUCUCAUCACUUAGUACAUGACUGGAGAGAGUGCAGCUGAAUUUUCAACACUGUACCAUGUCCCAUUUUUAUUUGAAACAACUUCAUUUUGUUUUUCACUUUGGAAAAAGAGUGAACCUCGACAAGCCACAUGCCUGUGUUACAGCUACAAGGACUCCUUCCCCGUGGUCUCUCACUCAUGUCAGAGGAACUGCUGUGGCCACAUCAAAGCCUUUCUUUUGCACUUUACUCUCCCUGUCUUUUCCCAUUGUCUGGAUGAGAAGAGGAGAAACUAUCUGUAUGCACAAGGCAGAAUCACAGUGAUUUAUUGGGAGAAAAAAUACAAAAAACAGUGGCACAAGUGUGAAUUUUGACCCAUGAAAAGGUUUUAUAUUGUAUCUCUGAAGCUUCUGAACACUUCAGUUAUUUGGAGGUAGCCACAGUGUGUCUGUCUGUCCAUCUCACAAUAUUUUGUGUUUUUCAAAGAUCUGAGGAGGUGCUGGACUUGUAAAAUGGCUGUAUGCUCAGAGCAGACAUUGUGUUUUAAUGUUAUCAUUUAUUAUUAAAAUGACAGAUUUGAGUUUGAGAAAAACACAUCUGAUGAUCUAAACAUACACUGAUCAAGUUAUACAUUUUAUAUUAUUUAUUUUACUUUCAAAUUCACAUAUUUUCUAAUGUAUUGGAAUAGAAAAGCUGUCAAGUAUUAGCAGGGACUAUGUUGAGAUAUCUGUCUUUCUUUGGUCUGAUCCAGGCUUCUCGUGGUAAUCUACUCAGUGUUGCAGGGCUUUGGCUUUGCCCCAUAUCAACCUACUUACUAACCCCAGAUGUGGCAGCCCUGCGUGGCUCCAUCACAGAGGGAUUAAAGGACUGUCCCUCCUUCUACUUGGGCCACGUACUGCGGGUCAGGAGUGGAUUCUUAGUUCAGGCCACACAAGCUGAAACCCACAGAAGGAGGGCAGAUGUCCAAAAAUAUAUGAGGGACUAGAGCUGUGCGAUAAGACAACAAAAUGUAUCAUGAUUUUUUUUCACUGAUCAC